CCCUGCACCAUCGUGGAGCGCGAGCGCGGCUGGCCCGACUUCCUCAAGUGCACCACCGACCGCUUCCCCGAGGGCUGCCCGAACGAGGUGCAGAACAUCAAGUUCAACAGCUCGGGGCAGUGCGAGGCGCCGCUGGUGAGGACGGACAACCCCAAGAGCUGGUACGAGGACGUGGAGGGCUGCGGCAUCCAGUGCCAGAACCCGCUGUUCACCGAGAAGGAGCACCGCGAGAUGCACGUCUACAUCGCCGCCUUCAGCUCCGUCACCAUCUUCUGCACCUUCUUCACCCUGGCCACGUUUGUCGCUGACUGGAGGAACUCCAACCGCUACCCCGCCGUCAUCCUGUUCUACGUCAACGCCUGCUUCUUCGUGGGCAGCAUUGGCUGGCUGGCACAGUUCAUGGACGGCGCCCGCGACGAGAUCGUGUGCCGGGCCGACGGCACCAUGCGGCUGGGCGAGCCCACCUCCAACGAGACGCUGUCCUGCGUCAUCAUCUUCGUCAUCGUGUACUACUCGCUGAUGUCGGGUGUCAUCUGGUUUGUCAUGCUCACCUACGCCUGGCACACGUCCUUCACCCUGGGCACCACCUACCAGCCGCUGCUGGGCAAGACCUCCUACUUCCACCUCAUCACCUGGUCCAUCCCCUUCGUGCUCACCGUGGCCAUCCUGGCCGUGGCGCAGGUGGACGGUGACUCCGUCAGUGGCAUCUGCUUCGUGGGCUACAAGAACUACCGCUACCGAGCCGGCUUCGUGCUGGCCCCCAUCGGGCUCGUGCUCAUCGUGGGGGGCUAUUUCCUCAUCCGGGGGGUCAUGACGCUCUUCUCCAUCAAGAGCAACCACCCCGGGCUGCUGAGCGAGAAGGCGGCCAGCAAGAUCAACGAGACCAUGCUGCGCCUGGGGCAUUUUGGCUUCUUGGCCUUCGGCUUCGUCUUCAUCACCUUUGGCUGCCACUUCUAUGACUUCUUCAACCAGGCCGAGUGGGAGCGCAGCUUCCGGGAAUACGUCCUGUGUGAGGCCAACGUGACCAUCGCCACGCAGACCAACAAGCCCAUCCCGGAGUGCGAGAUCAAGAACCGGCCGAGCCUCCUGGUGGAGAAGAUCAACCUCUUCGCCAUGUUCGGCACCGGCGUCUCCAUGAGCACCUGGGUCUGGACCAAGGCCACCCUGCUCAUCUGGAAGCGCACCUGGUGCAGGCUGACGGGGCAGAGCGACGACCAGCCCAAGAGGAUCAAGAAGAGCAAGAUGAUCGCCAAGGCCUUCUCCAAGCGCAAGGAGCUGCUGCGCGACCCGGGCCAGGAGCUGUCCUUCAGCAUGCACACCGUGUCCCACGACGCCCCGUGGGUACCCGGCUUGGCGUUCAACAUCAACGAGCCGUCGGCCGACGUGUCCUCGGCCUGGGCCCAGCACGUCACCAAGAUGGUGGCCAGGAGAGGGGCCAUCCUGCCCCAGGACAUCUCCGUGACACCCGUGGCGACGCCUGUGCCACCAGAGGAGAGGGCCAACCUGUGGGUGGUGGAGGCCGACGUGUCCCCGGAGCUGCAGAAGCGCAGCGGCCGCAAGAAGAAGCGGAGGAAGAAGAAGAAGGAGGUGACCCCAGACCCCGAGCGCUGCCCGGGGCGCUCCACCGUCCCCAGCACCGUCCCUCGCCUGCCCCGCCUGCCCCCCCAGCCCUGCCUGGUGGCUUUUGCCCCCGAUGUCCUGCCCGAUGCCACCUCCCCGGGGGCCGUGGGACGGGCGCGCGGCCGCAGGGCCGACGUCCUGCACGUGAUCAGCAACCCCUUCUGCCCCGAGAGCGGCGCCGCCGACCCCGAGAGCCCCGGCGCCGGGCGCUGGCACCGCAACGGGGGCCCCCUGUGGCCCCCCCAGCCCGGCCCCCUGCCCCGCCCCGGGGCCAGCAGGACUCAGGGCUGCCGGGCAGGGCUGGCCCCCAUCCACUCUCGGACCAACCUGGUGGACGCGGAGCUGCUGGAGCCCGAUUCGGACUUCUGAUCCCAGCGGGGUGUGGGGAGGGCGUGGGGACACCAGAACCCACCUGAUCCCACGGGGAUCCGUCCAUCCACCUGACCACUUCCCAUUUCUCCCCUUGGAGGAUUCGUCUCUCCGUGCGCUUCCCAGCCCGGCGAGGUUUUUGGGAUUCCCUCCAGCACCACCGGGAGAAAGGAGCUGUCGGUGGGACAGGGAUUUAAGGACCAAGGGGACACCCGGGGACAGCCUAGAUCAGGGUAGAUUUGGGGCAGCUCUGCCCCACCCACGGCUAGAGGUACGUAGAGCUCACCCCCACUUGUGCCAAUAGCAAAUUUUCUUUUUUUUUUUUAAAUUUCUGAUUUUUUUAAACGUUUGUAUCGUGAUGCCUCUGCUCGGGGUGAGCCCAGUCAGGGCCAGCAGCAGCAGCAGCAGCAGUAGCAGCAUCCCUGGUUUGCAGCCCUAUUUUGGG